GGUUACACAAUUCAUCUUGUGACUGGGAAGUCAUAGCAAUGAACCCCACUUGUGCAUAGACAUAAUUGGUUUUCGUUCGUCGUACGUUGUGCGUCGUAUGUUAACAAUUGAACAUUUUUAACUUCUACUUGAUAACUACCAGUCCAAUUCUUUUCAAAUUAGGUAGGGGGACAUAAAUUGUAAAUUUCAGGACUCCUGCACCCCUGGGGCCCUAGGGACGGAGCAAAAACUGCCCAAAGUUGACCAAUUUUCAGAAAUCUUCUUCUCAAGAACCACACACAUAUAAGAAAAAACUAAAUACAUAGUGAUGUAUAGCAGGAAGGCCUCUACCAAAAUUGUAAAUUUCAUGAUCCCCAGGGUAGGGGUUCUGACCCCAGGGUAGGGCCAAACUUGGUAUAUAGUGUUUAUGUGUAAAACACUAAUAUAACAUCUUGUGUGAACAAUAGAAUUUUUUUUACUUCUUCUUGAUAACUGUCAUUCCAAUUCUUUUCAAAUUUAGUAUGAAGCAUCUUUGGAACAAGGGGGACAUAAAUUGUAAACUUCAGGAUUCCUGCACCCCUGGGGCCAUAGGUAGAGGCGGGACAAAAACUGCCCAAAAUUUACCAUUUUUCAAAAAUCUUCUUCUCUAGAACCCCACAUGUGUAAGAAAAACAAAAUGCAUAGUGAUGUAGAGCAGGAAGGCCUCUACCAAAAAUGUAAAUUUCAUGAGCCCUGGGGUAGGGGUUCUGGUCCCAGGGCGGGGCCAAACAGUGUUUAUGUAUAAAACACUUAAAUAACAUCUUUAGUAUUAUUGAUAUUAAAUUGAAACUAAAUGGAUAUUUAGAAAGAGCAGGUAGUCUGUUACCAAAAUUGUAAAUUUGAUGAUCCCCAGGGAAGGGGUUCUGACCCCAGGGUGGGGCCAAACUUAGUAUAUAGUAUUUAUGUGUAAAUUUGCUGAUACUGUAUAAAAUCUAAAUGCAUACUUAAGUAGGAUUAGCAGAAAAAGAUGUACAAAAAAUGGUGAAUUUCACAACCAGGGUUUUCACUCUAGGAUGGGUCCAAAUUAGUCCUAUCUUUUAAUGUUUGAAUGUGAAUAUAUACCGAUUAUAUUAUGUAUAGCCUUUCAUCAGUGUAUGCACUUUUGAGGGCAUUGAAGUUUUAAGAACACAUCUUGUUUUAUACUUUUGCUGAACAUUAGAAUUUAGCUUAGAUAUUCAGAACAGGAAAUUUUUUCUAGAUUUCAUACCCCUUGGGAAUAGUGAUACUUUUUCACUAGUACUCAGGUGACCGAUAAGGCCUUUGGGCCUCUUGUUCUUGAUAACUAUCAUUGCAAUUCUUUUCAAAUUUAGUAUGAAGCAUCUUUGGAACAAGGGGUACAUAAAUUGUAAAUUUCAGGAUUCCUAGGGCCUUAGGGGCAGGGCAAAAACUGCCCAAAAUUGACCAAUUUUUAAAAUCUUCUUUUCUACAACUGCAUAUGUUUAAGAAAAACUAAAUGCAUAGUGAUGUAGAGCAGGAAGGCCUCUACCGAAAUUGUAAAUUUCAUGAUCCCCAAGUUAGGAGUUCUGACCCCAGGGUGAGGCCAAACUUGGUAUAUUGUAUUUAUGUGUAAAACACUUAAAUAACAUCUUCUUUAGUGUUAUUAGUCCCCUACCGACGAAUUCGAAGGGGACUUUAGGUUUGCGCUCCCCCGUCCGUCUGUCCGUUAGUCCAGUUUUCCGCACUUUUUUCUCUGUUCUUGCAGAUAUUUAUUUGAUAUUUGGUACAUUGCUUUGCCAUAACAAGUUACAGAUCAAGUUCGAAUUUGGUCCCAGUCUGUUGAUUUUUCACUUAGUUAUGGUCCUUGGACUUAGAAAAAUAGCGUGAAUUAUCAGCUUUCCGGACUUUUUUUGGUUGUGCCUGCAGAUAUUCAUUUGAUAUUUGGUACAUUACUUUGCCAUAUUAAGUUACAGAUCAAGUUCGAAUUUCGUCUCAGUCCGUUGAUUUUUCAUUAAGUUAUGAUCCCUUGGACUUAUAAAAAUAGUGUGAAUUUUCAGUUUUCCGGACUUUUUUUGGUUAUGCUAGCAGAUAUUUAUUUGUUAUAUGGUACAUUGCUUUGCCAUAACAAGUUACAGAUGAAGUUCGAAUUUUGUCUCGGUCUGUUGAUUUUUCAUUAAGUGAUGGCCCUUGGACUUAGAAAAAUAGCAUUAAUUAUCAGUUUUCCAGACUUUUUUUGGUUGUGCUUGCAGAUGUUCAUUUGAUAUAUGGUACAUUGCUUUGCCAUAACAAGUUACAGAUCAAGUUCGAAUUUCAUCUCAGUCCAUUGAUUUUUCAUUAAGUUAUGGCCCUGCAUGGACUUAGAAAAAUAGAAUGAAUUGUUAGUUUACAUCCAAGUUUCUUAUCUUUGUAGAUAAGAGUACUACUUCUAGCAUAGUAAUACAACAAUAUAGCUAAAUUAUUCAUGAUCACCUACAUGUCACAGUUUAUUGACUUGGUUAAAGACCUAAACCCAAUUAUAAAUUACUCUUUUUUUCCUGAUCUAGUCUCUACUCGAAUAGUAGUUGAUUUCCUUUCCUGGUUCCCCAAUUUUCCCUUUUACCAUAAACUACAUAAUGAACUUUGAAUACUGUUGUGAUACAGUAAUUUUUACAACCGGUAGGGGACUAUGUAUUGCCAUUCAAUACUCUCAGAAUGCUUGUUGAUACUAAAUUGAAACUAAAUGGAUAUUUAGAAAGAGCAGGUAGUCCUUUACCAAAAUUGUAAAUUUGAUGAUUCCCUGUUUAGGGUUUCUGAUGCCAGGGUGGGGCCAAACUUAGUAUAUAGUAUUUAUGUAUAAGUUUGCUGAUACAUGUACUGUAUAAAAUCUAAAUGCAUACUUAGGAAUAACAAAAUAAGAUGUACAAAAAAUGGUGAAUUUCAUAGCCCUUGGGAGCUAGUGAUACUUUUUCACAGUGAGUACUCAGGUGACAGAUAAGGCCUGUGGGAGUAGUAAUACUUUUUCACUAGUACUCAGGCGAUCGAUAAGGCCUGUGGGUCUCUUGUUGGUGAAGACUUCAGGUCACUAUUUAUGAAGUGACAAUGCUAGAAUGGCACUGCAUCCUCAGGGGGCAGUUGUUUAGCAGACAUGUUGUAAUCAUCUGCUCCAUUUUAUUCCUGGGAAUGGCCCAGAUUUUUAUAUUUAAUACUAAGAGACAAACACUUUUGAACAAGUGUGUGCUCUGCAUUUGUUGUAUGUGUUAAACAGCCAGUAAGAUGCUUCGAUUCCCAGCUCUUGUAAACCAGCAAUGAAAAAAGUUUUAAAUUUGUAGCAAGUGCAGCAUGUACCCUCCAUUUAUUUAGCUCAUUUCAUUUGAUUGACAUAGCAAUUUUCAAACAUAAAUAAAGGUUACAACCAUUAGUAUGGAGGUUUCAGAUAUCCACAUGAUUGAGGCUGUAUCCCAGGAGGAACUCCCUGUUGAUUUUGAUAAAUUUUCACAAAGAUUAUAUUAAAAAUUCUGCAAACAUCAAAACAUUUGUGGCAUUGCAACUGAAAAUACAACUUUCUGUUUGAUAUGCUAAUGCUUUUUUAUGAUCUAGAAAUUUUAUACCAAAGAAAUUUUCACAUGUUAAUUAAGUAUUGUAAACAGUUUUAAAAUGAUUUACAAGGGUUGUAAAAUACUUAGAUUAUUUGUUUUGAAGAAAAAACUACAUGAUUAAUUGCCUCGGGACAAAUCUACCUUUAGCUGCAUGGCCCUUAAUAUAAUGCAGGAGUCAAUACAUUGUUGUGUCUACAAAGAUGUAAUUUUAUUUUUAUCAGUUUAUCUACCGUGACAGACGGCCAACACUUUAUUUAGUAGUGACUGUAUUCAACAACUAGCUUAUUAUACUUAACCAUGAAAUAUUCAUAGCCGACAAAUAAUAUAUGCAAUAAAGACACAACUUUCACUAUCAGAUUUUUAUUUUGGGACGUUGUUGAGUCGUGGAUGUUAGGGUAAUCUGAUAGGUGUAGAGCGAGACAGAGUGUUAUACUUUAGACCCUGAUCAUUUCUUAUAUAUGCUGUGUAUGUAUGUAGGUUUUAACAAGUGCCAUUUAAUAUAUGCAUGCACACCAGGAUUUUGUAGGCUAUGGACAGCUUAAGGAGAUAAGACAAACUAUUGGAUUAAACGGUGGAUUUAAAAUUAGAAUUGUGAAACCCACUAUUGAUUAGUACAUGUAGUGGUUGAUUAACAUUGUGAUGUUCUAGCUUUGUAAGGGAGAUAUUCAUUGAUAUGGAACACGUCUUAACCCGCUGGAGUGCCUCAAAGUCAAGCUCGAGUGACUCACAAUGUAGUGUGUCCUAAUCAUUGACAAAUUCCCAGUCGAGAAAGAAAAUUUAGACAAGGAAUUUCCCACAAAGUGAAAGUCUUAGAAUACCAGAAGUAACAUACCCAAGUCAACCUGACCAACUAAUGUAACUGACGGAGUGUUCACUGUGUUGAGAUACUGGAUAGGACAUGGAUUGUUGUAAUCAACAGGUGAUUUAGAUCAUUUACCUGGACAUGUUCUGUGUGUGUUUACUAUGAGAUUUGGAUAUCUAAUGAGCAUUUUUAAGAUAGAGCAGUUUGUUCAUUAAGGGAUAUAUACCUGACAUAUUGACUAGUUGUGAGGAUUAAACAAACAGGGAUAUAAAAUGACCAUUCGGGACCGGUUACCGGAGUUUGAAGCCAAGCGUGAUCAGUAUGAGAGAGAAAGCAUGCGGGGAAAGAAAGACAAGAAGUCCAAAAAGGAAGAGGAGGACCUUUCCUUACCAGGGUUCCUGGAUAAAGUGAAGGGGAUGGAGGGUAAACUGGCCCUGCUCAAAGCAGACGUCAGCGAACUAAAAAAACUGCAGAACACUUUGUACUGUGCUCCAAAAGUGUCAGAGGCAGACAUUCAGAAGAUGGAAAAUUUAGCCGACCAAAUUCUCUCCAGUUCCAUCACCAUUAGGAAAGAAAUUGAACUUUUGUCGUCUGCUGGCUCAGACCCAAAGUCACAGAAAAAAGGACUAAUUCUGUCUAACGCUGAGCAGCGUGUACAGAACCUGCAGGUGGACAGGCUUUCUCAUGAGCUGAGAACUACCAUGAAUGAUUUCAGAAGUAGCCAGGCUAGCUAUCUAGAGAGAACUAGGGCUAGACUUAACAAACAGAGGCAAAUAAUAGGUGAUCCACAAUAUGAUGUGAACACAAACUCAGUAAACUUGGACUUGAAUUUUCAGAAUGCCAAUGCCUUUGUAGAUCCCUAUUUCCUGGAAUCUCAGAAAGCAAUUUCAGAAUUGCAGGACAUCCAGGAGAGGGAACGUGAACUUAGUGACCUUGAGAGUCAGAUCCAUGAGGUCAAUAUGUUGUUUAAGGAAAUGCAUGGACUUGUACAAGAUCAGGGCAAAACGAUAGACAGCAUAGAGAAACACGUGGAAGACGCGGCCAAUGAUGUCCAGAGUGGGAAUAAGCAGCUGGACGAGGCCAAGAAGCACCAGUGUGCUGCUAGGAAGAAAAAAAUCAUCUGUUUUUCCAUCUUAAUAAUUGUCAUCAUCAUCGUUGGUAUAAUCAUUGCUGUGACUCUAUCUAAUAACGAAUGAAAAACACUCAUCAUUCACAACACGGCAUGAGUCAUGAAAGAUUGACUGAAAAGCAUCAUAUUUAAAAUGAUAUCAAUGGAGCGACAAUAAAGUUUUACAAUGAG